ACAAGACAAUUCAAGUAUCCGUGGAUGUGGGUCCCUUUACAAUCCUACUAUUAUUAACGUCUUUAACUUUCCUAUGUUUUCUUUCUUCUUCUGAUUUUCUACCAUCUCUCAAUCUUUUCCGACGCUCCUUAAUCAUCCAUCCAUGUCUUCAAAUUCCCGAGAUGUUUGUAUUGUUGGUGUUGCAAGGACACCAAUGGGUGGUUUCCUUGGUUCCCUUUCAUCUCUUUCAGCCACACACCUAGGCUCACUCGCUAUUCAAGCUGCUCUCAAGAGAGCUAAUGUUGAUCCAUCACUUGUGCAAGAAGUGUUUUUUGGGAAUGUUCUUAGUGCUAAUCUAGGCCAGGCUCCUGCUAGACAGGCUGCAUUAGCUGCUGGAAUACCCACAUCUGUUGUUUGCACUACUAUUAACAAAGUUUGUUCAUCAGGGAUGAAAGCUACUAUGCUUGCUGCACAAACAAUUCAGUUGGGUUCCAAUGAUGUUGUUGUGGUUGGUGGUAUGGAAAGCAUGUCAAAUGCGCCUAAGUACAUUGUCCAAGCAAGGAAGGGUUCUCGGUUAGGACAUGAUACUAUCAUUGACGGUAUGCUCAAAGAUGGCCUUUGGGAUGUCUAUAAUGAUUUUGGCAUGGGAGUUUGUGGAGAACUGUGUGCAGCUCAGUAUUCCAUAACUAGAGAUGAGCAGGAUGCUUAUGCCAUUCAAAGCUUUGAGAGAGGAAUAUCUGCACAAAAGAAUGGUCAUUUUGCUUGGGAGAUAGUUCCGGUUGAAAUUUCCAAUGGAAGAGGAAAGCCUUCCACACUAGUAGAUAAAGAUGAAGGUUUGGGGAAGUUUGAUGCUGCAAAGUUAAGGAAGCUUGGACCAAACUUUAAAAAGGUUGGAGGUACCGUGACUGCUGGCAAUGCUUCUAGCAUAAGUGAUGGUGCUGCUGCAUUAGUGCUAGUGAGCGAAGCGAAGGCACGUGAGCUUGGUUUGCAUGUAAUUGCAAAGAUAAAAGGAUUUGCAGAUGCAGCUCAGGCACCCGAAUUAUUUACAACUGCUCCUUCCCUUGCAAUACCUAAAGCUAUAUCAAAUGCUGGUCUGAAGGCUUCUCAAAUUGAUUAUUAUGAAAUAAAUGAAGCCUUUUCAGUUGUGGCUCUUGCGAAUCAGAAGCUUCUCAGUCUUGAUCCUGCAAAAGUUAAUGCACAUGGAGGUGCUGUAUCAUUGGGGCAUCCAUUGGGUUGCAGUGGAGCUCGCAUCUUAGUUACAUUAUUAGGGGUAUUGAGACAUAAGGGUGGAAAGUAUGGUGUUGGUGCCAUCUGCAACGGGGGAGGAGGUGCCUCUGCUCUAGUCGUUGAGCUAGUGCAAGGCGCUACUUUGAGACGUUCGUCAUUGUGAGAAAGAUAGAAACUCCUUACAUCACACUGCUUUCCAACACAUUUUGGAAGGACAAAACAUAUAGGUUGAGUUAAAGGAAGAAAUGGUAUUAGUUCACAACCAUUUGUAGUUAUGUCUUUUUAUGAACUAUAUCUAAAGGUUAUCAAUGCAGAGUUGACAAAAGAGAAUAAAGAAAUAAAGUCGGUCUCAAAUCUAGAGUGUUGGUGAGUUUAGCCGAAUCACGGCAAGCUACCAUGAUUUUGACAAAAACUACACUUUGUAGCUUCAACAAGAUCAUAGUGCCACUCUGAUUUCAUCAAAUUCAAACAAACAUGUACUUAAUCUUUCCGAUGAAUGAACACUUAUGUAGAUUCCUCAAGAGCUUAAUAAAAAUAUUGUAACAACUAACUGGCAA